AUGUCAAAUAGAAUCAGAUUUGAAUUUAAAAAAGGUUUAGAAACACAAUCCUAGAAAGUUUAAUAAUUAGAAGAAAAGAUUAAUGAGUUGCAGAUAGAUAAUUAAAAAAAAUAAUAAGAAAUAGAUAAUUUAAUAGCUGGAUAAAAAAAACUCACUAAUGAUCUUAAGAAAGUUUGGAAUAAUUUUAGUUCCACGUUGAAGUCAUAAAGAAGCGAAUCACAAAUGAUUUCAAAUCUAUCAGUUUUCUAAGAAUAAUCAACAAUUUAUUAAGAUUUAUCUUAGUAAACCAAAUAAAUCAUUCAACAAGAGAUCUAAAGUCGAUUUCUUCUAAUUAAGGACAUAGUAUUGAAGAAAUCAGACUUUGAUGAAUAUUCCAAAAAGGUUGAAGAGUAAUUUGAAACACUUAGAUAAAAAGUAUAAACUUUCACUUAGUAUUCAUAACCAGAGUUUGAAUUCGGACCUAGAAGAGAUUCCUUCUAGGGUAAAGUCCCAACAUUUCAAUUCCAAUAACCUCCAAUAAAGGGAAAUGCUUAAGCAAUGAAAUAGUAUUUAUACUUUACUAAAUUACAAGAUAGUUUGAAAAAAAGGAAGAAAAAAAUGAAUAAGUAAUAAUACUGA